AUGGAAUUAUAUGUAUAAUUCAUUCAAAGUUAAAAAAAAGAUGUCUUAACAAAAAGAUAGUAUAAAUUCUUAGCAGAUGAAGCAAUUACUAGCGGAUCUGAUUAUGAUUUAGAUGCUAAACCUUUAGAAGGAUAUAAAAUAAAAGAAAAAAGACGCUUACCUUAAAAUCGCUAUAAAAAAAGAUUGUUAUCGGCGAAGCAUACAUUAAAAAGCAAGUUUAGUUUUAAUUGGGAUCGCAUCGCAAUUCGGUUUCGUAGAUUUUAUAAUAAGACAAAAUAAUUAAUAACUCUAAAAUAACCUUACACAUUUAGUCCAGAUGGUUCAAUGAAAAUGUUAUGGGACUUAUUAUGUCUAUUAUUAGUAAUAUAUGAAAUGAUAACAAUUCCUUUUCUAAUUAGUUUUGAAAUAGAAAUAAGUUAAGAAUUUUCAAGAGUAAGUACAGCAAUAUUUGUAUUUGAUAUAUUUCUAAAUUUUAACACAGGUGUUUAUUUAGAAGGUAAAUUAAAUAUGGGUAGAAGAGAAAUAUUAAAGGAAUAUAUAAGCUUUUGGUUUUGGAUUGAUUUCAUUUCAACAUUUCCUUAUGAUAUAAUAAUGGAUGAAUCAUCUUCAUUAGUUUAAAGUGCUAAAUUGAUAAGAUUACUUAAAUUUUUAAGGUUUAUCAAAGUAUUAAAGUUAGUAAGGUUAGCAAAACUAAAGAAGAUAAUAGAUAAAUUUGAUGAAAUAUUAUUAAUGAAGCCUGGUGUAGCAGCAAUAGUUAAUUUUUGUAAGUUGUUUUUUUUUGUAUUGUUUUUUGCACAUGUACUUGGUUGCAUAUUUCAUUAUCUUGCAUAAUAAGAACCAAGUGAGGAUUCUUGGUUAGGAGAUAUAUAUUUUGCUGAUUGGUCUAUAAGAUAUGUAAAUUCUUUAUAUUGGGGAAUAGCCACAAUGACAACUGUAGGAUAUGGAGAUAUAAGUCCAUAAACACCUUAAGAAAGAUUAAUUGGAAUAAUAUUAUUAUUAAUUGCAUGUGGUGGUUUUGCAUUUACUAUGAAUUCAAUCGGAUUUGCACUUUAAGAAAUUGAUGGAUAAAAUAAAUUAAAAAAAGAGAAAAUUAAUGGUAUAAACAGGUUUAUGAAAAAAGCUGCUAUAUCUAAUUAAUUAUAAAAUAGAAUUAGAAGAUAUAUGGAAUUUGUAAUGGAUUCUAAAUCUUUAGUAUUAUAAGAUUUAACUAAUUAAGUUUAAAUUGAAUUAGCUAAUGAUUUAAGAAAAUAAGUAAAUGGUAAAUUACUUGGGUAUUGUGAUAUUUUGUUGAAAAAUAAUUCAUAAUAAUUUUUAAUUGAAGUUGUCUUACCUAGUAUGACAGAGAGAAUUUACAAUCCAGAAGAAAUUAUUUUUGAUGAAUUUGAUUUCUAAUAAAUUUAUGAUAUGUUUAUUAUCAAAUUUGGAUAAGUUGAUAUAUUUUAUAAAAAAACAGGAAUUGUUAUAGAUUAAAAAAACAGGAAUGAUUAUUUUGGUGAAAUAAGUUUUUAUUCAAAUAUGCCAAGAUCUGCAAGUUCAAGAAGUAUUAAUUUUUCUAGCAUUUUUAUAAUUUGUUAAAUUCAAUUUUAAUCAAAUUUAAAAUCAUUUUAAGAUAAAACAUAAAAUUCAUAAAGUCGAAUAUUUGAUUUAGAAUAAUAUUAUAUGAUUAGAGAUAAAAUUGUAUUUCAUAAAGAUUAUGGAUCUAUUGGUGUACGUUGUUAUAUAUGCUAAAUGGAUGAUCAUAUUGCUAGAGAUUGUGAAAAGUUACAUUUUAAUGUGUAAAAUUUAUUUUUAUAAUAGAUCAGCCACACAUUUUAUUAAAUUCUUGAAACAAUUUGAUAAACUACAUUAAGCAGCCUAUUUUCGAAGGGAUAGAAUUGAUUUUAAUGCAAGAAAAUGUAUUACAUAAAUCAAGUAAGCACAAUAAAGAUUUGAAAGUUCUAAAUUAAUUAAUCUAAAUUUGAAAAGAAAAACAUAUUUAGAAGAUCUUCUUAAUAGUUAUAAUGUAGUUGAUGAAGAUUUGUAGGAUACUUAAUAUCCUGAAUAUUAAAUAUCUAAUCUUAAAUAAAAAAGCAGAAUUAAAAGCAUCAAAUAUUUAAAUGGUAAAAUGACAAAAAAAUUUACUCGUUAUGUUUCGUAUGCAUCAAUUAGUGAAAAAUAUUUAGGAGGUUUAACAGAAAAAAUAAGUGAUUUUUUAAUUAAUACAAAAAAAAAAGAAAUGGAAGAAAAAUUUAAGUAACUUCAUUUAAGUUCAAUCUCUAAUUUUGAUUAAAUUUAAGAAUAUAUUCAUUUUUAUCCAGAAGGUAAUUUUACUAAUGUUCUUAAUUAAUAUUAAAGAGCCUUAGAAAAAGGAUUCCCUAAAAUUAUUGAAAUUGAAACACUUUUUGGUAUUGAAGAAUUUCAAAACUAUUCUUAAUAUUACUGUUAUAAAUUAGAGAUAGAUGCAGAAAUUAAAAAUAGAAACAAUCAUGUUGAAUUAAAUUUUGAAUAAAUGAGAUUAUUAAAUAUGGAUAGAAGAUAGAAAAAAAAGGAAAAAGUUAUAAAAGAUGCUAACCAAUAAAUUCAAAAAUCACUAGUUUAAUUAAAAGCUUAUAAAGCAAUAAAUCGUAGUUUUAGAAAUCUUUUUAAUAAAUGA